AUGCCGAUAGAACUAAACAAUAUUCAUGUCGGGAGCGAUCCAGCUCCUCCGCCAUACUCGGAGGCCGUUAAAUCAAGCCAACCAGCAGCCACAGACACAGGGGCCGCUCCAGCCUCCCAAUCGACUCAGAACAAUGCCAGGCCUGGCACAUCAAACCCGACGCCUCCACCAAAGAGGCAUCGUUUUCGCCUCUCAAAACGAUGCCCCAAGCUUCUUUCCCGGCUCCCACUCUUCCUCGGCCUGUUUUUCGGUAUCGGCACCGCUACGGCCUGCACCUACCUGCUCGUUCGCCGUGUAAACCACCUCGUGGCUACAGCAAAGGUAGACGGCAACCCCGCGAAAUGGUCAAACCAGGCCGUCCAGGAAGCAUACGACCCGUGCUACCUAGGCUGUAGGGACGGCAGCUGUGAGACGGACGUCACCUUUGCCCAACGCGCGUGUGCCCGCACCGGCGAAUCCCAUCUAGGCGAGGCAUGCAACGGGAAGCACAUGUGGAACUGGCAAGAACGAUAUCCCGCGCACUGCCUGGACGCAGUGGGCGCCAUCUUCCGCGACAAGGCUCUCGCCGACAACAAGGCCAGCAAGUCGCGGCUGAUGGGCCUGACGGUCCUGAUCCUUAUUGGAGCCUUCGGGGUCGGCUGGUUGAUCUUCCACUUCUUGCGGCGGGCCAUAGCGAAGCGACAUGCUGCCCGGGCAGCGGCGCGGAGCCAGAGACGGACGGUAUCAGGGCGAGGAAAGGGGCGUUGGCGGAAAUGGUCUGCAGUCUUACUCGCCGUGUUCGGUCGUCCAGCGCAAUCCUACCCUUGCACACAGCACGCACCCAUUGAACGCCGCAACUUUGCCAAUCACAACAACACCAUUCGCGGAGCCGUUUAUGGCGCGUUAUCGGACUGCGAGGAUUCGAGCGACUGUCAUCCGGAUUGCAGAACUAAGUGCCACUGGUCGUUUAUCAAAUUCAGGACAGUCUGUCACUGGGAGUGUGAAGAUGUCUGCGUCACCGGGACACGGGUAACCAGAGACGCAAGAUCGUAUGUUGCCAGCGUCAUGCAAAAUGUCUACAACUGUGGUUUUCGGGAGGAAUGGUAUCUGGAGAACGGCCUUCUGACCAGGAUUGCGAAUCCGGGCAUUGAAAGCAACCACUGGGUCACGAUCAGCGUGGAUGGGUUCAAUGUGACCUCGCCGAAUGUGACGGACCCGGCCGUGGUUUGCCUAUAUAACAUCGGCGGCCAAUGA